AUGUCGCAACAACGAAGCUACACGACCGUCGCCGAGGGUGGCAUCCCCCCCGCCGUCCCCGCCGUCCUAGACCUCGUAGGGGCCUCCGAGCAGUCUCACCCUUCCACCUCUGUCGCCCGUGAUGCGAGGAUCUCCUCUGUCCCCCUCGAGCAGUCCCCAGCGAUCCCUCUGCCUCUUCCUCAUGAUGAGAGCGAAAGCCCGGUCGACUGGCCAGUCGAGAUGAGGGGCGUGCCAGAUUACCGACCGCUGGAUCGGAACGUGGAUUAUGCGUCCAGGCCGAUGGGACAGAACAAUAUCGAGUAUACGUUCUUGCUGUUCAUGUUCACCGGCGUCAGGAUCACGGGGUUGGCGAACAAGGCUUGGCGGAACACGGUUGGCAGGAUCACGGAUGACGUGUUCAAGUACAAGGUCGGGGGACAGUGGUAG